AAGAGACGAAAAUGAGGUCAAUCGUGUUCUCCAUCACAGGCAGCAAAAACAAAAGUUAAAGUGGGGGCGUUUUUCUUUUGUCCCUGGCGUGUCAAGCCAUUUAACGCUAAUCCCUUAAUCUCUUUUCAGAGUUUACUAUCUCGGAUUAAUUUAAAACGGGACGACCCCUUGAUGAAGGUCACCUCGCUUCGGGAACCGCCGAGGUCGCGUGUUCAAGUCCCGCGGUAGACCGUGCCGCAUUGACUUAUGAACGGCGUGUAGUAUUCCUGUCCCCACACACAUACACAAAAAAAAGAAUCAUUCAUUGUAGCCAUUGUCAAAUUCACCUUCUGCUCUUUGGCGGGGAGGAGGAAGAACGCACGUGAGCUCAUACAUCAGCAACUCCAUCCUCUCACUUGCACAGCAGCUCCAACUUUCAGCGCGGCGAGGAAAGAGACCAUAAAGAUGAAGAUGAAGACGUGCGCACGGUACCUUGUCCUCCUCCUCCUGUUUAUUCCCGAGUGUCAGUCGGCACACGGCCGUUACGCCCAGAAGCUCCUGAGCGACUUGACGGCUAACUACAGCAACGCUCUGCGGCCGGUGGCGGACACGGAUCACGUCAUCAACGUGACGCUGCAGGUCACGCUGUCGCAGAUCAUCGACAUGGAUGAAAGGAACCAGAUCCUGACCACCUACCUGUGGGUGCGGCAGGUGUGGAUGGACGCCUUCCUGACCUGGAAGAAAGAGGACUACGACGGACUGGACACUAUCCGCAUCCCCAGUAGCUACGUGUGGCGACCGGAUAUCGUCCUGUACAACAGCGCCGACGACGAGUUCUCCAGCUCCAUGGAGACCAACGUGGUCUUGAGGCACGACGGCCAGGUGAUGUGGGACCAGCCGGCCAUCACCAAGAGUUCCUGCUCGGUGGACGUGGCCUUCUUCCCUUUCGACGUGCAGCAGUGUCACCUCACCUUCGGCUCCUGGACUCACAACGGCAACCAGAUGGACUUGUUCAACGCUUUGGACAGCGCCGACCUGGCCGACUUCAUUCCCAACGUGGAGUGGGAGAUCCUGGGCGUGCCGGCCAAGAAGAACGUGAUCCUUUACGGCUGCUGCUCCGAUCCGUACCCGGACAUCACUUUCACCCUCCACCUGAAGAGGCGGUCCUCCUUCUACAUCUUCAACCUGCUGCUUCCUUGCAUGAUGAUCUCCUUCCUGGCCCCGCUUGGCUUCUACCUGCCGGCCGACUCCGGAGAGAAGGUCUCGCUCGGCGUCACCGUCCUGCUGGCGCUGACCGUCUUCCAGCUCCUGGUGGCCGAAAGCAUGCCGCCCUCCGAGAGCGUUCCGCUCAUCGGAAAGUACUACAUCGCCACCAUGACCAUGGUGACGGCGUCGACGGCGCUCACCAUUUUUGUCAUGAACAUCCACCACUGCGGUCCGGAGGGACGCCCCGUGCCGGCUUGGGCGGAGCGCUUCAUCCUCAAGUAUUUGGCUCGCCUGUGUUUCGUGCGCGAGGCGGCGGACGAGCGUCUCGGCGGGCCGUCCUCCGGCAAACCGCCUCCGGCCGACGGGCACGAGCGCAACGGGGAGGUGUGUUGUCGCGACGAGGGCGCGCGGAAGGACCACGCCCUCGUCGGCCUGGACCGCGCGGAGGAGGCCGCGGACGGCGAGCCGUCGGGAAGUAGCGGCGAGGAGAAGUGCGCGUGUCGUCGUCAUCCGGGUCUGCGCGGGAACGUGGAGUACAUCGCCAACGCCUACAAGGACCAGCGUGCCGCGCAGCUGCGCGUGGGAGAGUGGAGAAAGCUGGCCAAGGUCAUGGAUCGCUUCUUCAUGUGGCUUUUCUUCAUCAUGGUCUUCAUUAUGAGCGUCCUCAUCCUGGGGAAAGCCAUCUGACACAAUUGGGACUCAGCCCCGAGCUGUCGAUUGUCUGAUUUGUUUUUCCUUUUUUUUUUUGUUUGCCAGCAAACAUUUGAGUUACCUAUCAGUAAAGUGAAUAUCACAGAUGCAAUGUAGGCCGUUCAUAGAACGGGACAAACAGACCGCGGCACCCGACGUCCCUCGCUAGGCACAAAUUCAACUCACGGAUACGGCAACAUGUGUUUUUAUACCAGAGUGUGCUCAUUCUAUCACAAGAGAGGAUUUCGUGACAAUUCCAGGUACCGCUCGCUCGUUGCCGUCAACCCCAUCCACGCUAACUUUGACAUAGAGCGGCGCAUCUCGUGCUCGAGAUCAGACCGAGACUCAUUCAGAACCGGAAAUCGAGUCGUAGCGAGACCCAAAUCGUACCAAGUCCCGGACUUUUGGAUGCGGAGCCAAAAUGCGGUCUUCAACCGAUACCGGCCUCUAGUGUAAACCGAGCACCAACAUAUUUGUUAGAGUUGAAGCUAGGUUUAUGUACACCUAGCUUGGCUCAAAAGAACAGGCAGGAAGUCGAUGUAGCUUUUGUGGAGGUUGGUUGCUGCUCUCCCCGAGCUGCUGUGAAGCAGCCUUAUUUAUUCAGGGGAAAACAAUAGGAUGGGAGGGGUCAGGAAGGUAACAUGGGACACUGAGUACACUACAUGGGGCCUUGCCACAUGGCCCAGAACAAAGGAAAGGCUAACUAGACAGAGGUUAUCCUAUCUGUUAGCUAACUAUAAGGAAAGCAUAAAUGUUAACUGUUUGCACAACAGUUCCAACAUUUCCCCCCUGUUUAACAUUUAAUGCGUAAGACAUCAUGUAUAGUAACUUCUUCCGAAUUUAAUACUACACAGUCAUAAGUAAGCAUUUAGCACAAAACAUAAGGUAAGACUCCUGGAACACUUUGGCAUGAGUUAACGUCUAAUUCUUCUAAAUCAGCGACAUCAACGCAUAUACCCUUCGAUUUGGUUGCAAGUUGAGAGGACUGUAUAAUUAAUGUAUAUAUGUUUAAUCUUGCUGUACUUUAUUUUGAAAUGGAAGGAAUCGAGGAGGCAAACGAAAUCGACCAGAAACCAAGGAAAAUACCGUCUUUCUUUUCUUGAGUGGACCCAUCUUUGUUUGGCAGCUGUCGGUCAGUUCUUGUACACAGUUCGUCAUGGUCCAUCCAAGAACCACAUAGACGAUGUUUCUCCGUCUCACUGGCCACCAAUCAGCUCCACUAGCCACAGUUGAAUCCUGCCAGCUCCACCACGGCAGUACAGGUUGGAUGAUGGCUGCCGUAGCAACUGUUGCCGUGAUGCCGGCCCGCGUCCUUCUCCGAGGCAGGGCUCUCUCAGGUCGCGCUGGUGGAUGUCAUUGUCUGUAGGGAUGAGCAGUAUUUUGCGGUACCAGUGUUCGUACUGACCAAAAGUUUGAAGCAGGUGGUCCGUGGAAGAAUGUCGGUAAACGCUUCCUUCUGCUUUCAUUGACGAACUCCUGUCUGGAUUUCACUGCCUCGAUUCCUGUCCAUUUCAAACUUCCCUAGCAGAGGCUAGCUUCACAUUCAGGAACUGUUUCUGCAUACAUCGAAACUUUUGCAUUACAAUCACAUUUGCAUGUUUUGUCUUUAUUCAUAAUUGCAAAAUUAUAAAGAAACCCCAUUUGCAAAAGAUAAAGUAAGAUGCAUUUGGAAUUUAACCCUUAAAAUUAUAAAUAUAAAUAAAAUAAUAGAUUAUAUAUAAUAUAUAUACAUAUAUAUGAAUAAAAAAAAACUGGCAAUGUCGUAGACACAUGUAACUUAGUUUGCAUAUCCUCUUCAACAGUUCUGAUUUUGCCCAUUUCGCCAAUUAGGGUGUCGCAUUCACCGUUUUCUACUUUGAGGGAACACAAACCAUUUGAUGAACUAGAAUGAACAAAAACAUCACCAUCUAGUAAUUGUUGUCUCCGUUUGAUCAACAAUUGUCCAUCUGGUGUGGGUACUAAGGCCAAUUGUAAUUUUGUCAAUGCAUCGCGUCCUAGCAAACUAACUGGACAUUCAGGAUACAGCAAGACACUGAGAGAGCAUGAAAGGCCUUUUGGGUCUUUCAUAUGUACACGGUUUGAGACAGGGAUGGGGGAAGAGAGACCAUUUGCUGCUCUGACCAUCACUGUCCCCCCACUCGGUUUCACACCUGGAAUAGGGUCACAGCAUGUGGUCCUGCAAGAACCUGAAUCACAGCGAAACGUCAUCGGGGUGCCAUUUACACAUAAUGUAAUUUCUGGCUUAUUGGGCAUGUCAUUGAAAAACAAAUCUUGGCAAUAUUUGUCGACUGGGCUAUUUUCUUCCAAUUCAAAGUCAUCUUCGUCAGAAAAUAGUUGCGGUGAAACUAGUUGCGGUUUCGUCGAAUCGGCUAGAUUAGUCCCUAUUCAUUUGCAUUCAUCUUUGCCAGAAGCUAGUUGCGAUGAAUCUACUUUCAGUUCCAUCGAAUCUAGUUCUGCAUUAUUCUUCUGGCGCUUUUUGCAAUUCCUAGCCCAGUGCCCCUUUUGCCCACAAAACCAACAUUCAUCGUUAAAUCCCCUUCUAUGACCUUUGACAAAAUUUCUCCUAUUUUUAUCUUUUCCUGGAAACCUCUUUCCUCUUGAGCUAAGCCCUCUUUUGUGCGCUUCUUGGAAAAACAUUUCAACACUACCUUCUUUCGCAAAUAGAAAAAAAAAACCUACAUUUUCUUUUUUACAAUUUCCAUCAGCAUGUAAUGCAUGUGUUAUAUACUCUUGUAGAGUACUAGUUGGAUAGCCAAUCUGGUGUUUCGUGAUCCAAUCAUGAAUUCUCUUAGUGCUGUUUGCAUGUAGAGCAUUCUUUAAUUGUUGUCUAUAUGGACCAGCAUCGUCAUUAUCCUCCAUUAAACCACUGUGCUGUUUAAAAACUUCGGUCAUAGGAAUAACAAAAUCCUCAAAAGAUUCAUCAUUUCUUUGUUUUGUUUGACCAAUUAUACUAUAAUCGGCUCUCCGACUGAAUGUGGUUCUCAAAGGCUGAUUUCAUUCAGUAAUUCUCUUUGCAAGCUCUCUGUCAUGGUGCGCUAAAAUAUUCUCACCUUGCGUGGGAAUAUAAUCACCUCGAAUAUGUCCCCAUAUGUCCUUGCCUAAAAGUGUCAUAUACACUUGUUGAACUUCUAUACCGUUCAAAUGGUAAGAUUCAAUUAAGUGUUGCAGGUCCUCAAUACAAUGAUUAACGUUGAUUUGAGGUUUUGUGACACCGUCUACCGCAAUCUUCAAUUGUCCGUGUACGAUGAUGAACUAACAUUGUGGGGUUUCGCCCAUCAAUGCAAUUUGGAUUUGCAACUUCAAUCAUUGGAAAUGCGUCGCUUACAAUUGGAUUUCCUCCCAUUUCCGGAUUCCACUGUAAACUAUGUUGCAUUUGGCUACGCGUCAUAGUGUUACAUUGAAUUGGAAGCUCUGGAUAUACUUUGGAUAUUGGAGGACAGACAGUGGUAGAGACGUCAGCACAGAGGGCUGCCUCUUGUGCACUAGGUGAGACCUCCCCAUUUACAAAUUCCCCCUCCCGCUCUCUUCAAAGUCCAGUUUACCAUUAAAGUUCAACUUUUUUCCCCAUUUCUUUAUGUACUUUUCUGAACCUGGGUAAUGCGCCUUCAUAUACAUGCAAUCAUUAUGUUCAAACUUUGCUGUUUUAUUCCCCAUGUUAUCGAUUUGGUGUAACGCUAUCACACUAGCUCCAAUUACAAGUUGGUGUCGAACACUAUGUUUUACACACGUUUUAACUCAGAAAUGAGCAUACUAGCAAACGUUUUAGCUAACAAAAUACACAAAGGAAUACAGGCUACGUUAGCAACUAAACCUUACAAGAACACGUGUUAGCAGCAACCAUGUGCUCAGCACCACACACACGGUGAAACAGUUGAAACCGACCAAACGUUUUCAUUCAUACCCCUUAUUAGACUAAAUGACGUUCCGGUAUUUAUUCAAGUUCUGAGAGAAUCUUGAAAAGGCUUUUAUACUCUUGUAUAAAACCUAGUACUUUUUUGAGUAACUUCUCAAGGAUAGAAUACCAAACCCAACUUAACCCCCUAUAAGACAAAAGUCCUUCAGGUAUUCUUCCAAGUCCUAAUGAGACCCUUGGAAAGGCUUUUAUACACGCGUAUAAAACCUAGUAAUUUAUGAGUAACUUCUCAAGGAAUACCAAUCCUAGUUUCUGAGAGUUACCGCGCUCAACGAUGACACGAACCGUCCUAAUUUUUACGAGUUACCGCUCGAAGUAAACCGUUGCAAAACCUAUUUUAGUACACUUUUACGAGUUACCGCUCGAAGGAAUUUAACCUAUUUUACACACACGUUCAUACAACAAAAAGUAAACCUACCUCCCGCUUGUUCUUCUGCUGAAUUUCGGCAACGCGUCAAUCUUUGGACGCCAACAAACCAGAAAAAUCACCUCACCUCAGUAAAAAGUUGAAACUCGGUAGUGAACGUUCUUGUUGGCCGGCGUCGUCCAGAUAUGUUGCGUCCCGGCUCGAAAGGACCAAGAAAAUGUUAGAGUUGAAGCUAGGUUUAUGUACACCUAGCUUGGCUAAAAAGAACAGGCAGGAAGUCGAUGUAGCUUUUGUGGAGAUUGGUUGCUGCUCUCCCCGAGCUGCUGUGAAGCAGCCUUAUUUAUUCAGGGGAAAACAAUAGGAUGGGAGGGGUCAGGAAGGCAACAUGGGACAUUGAGUACACUACAUGGGGGCCAAAGGAAAGGCUAACUAGACAGAAGUUAUCCUAUCUGUUAGCUAACUAUAAGGAAAGCAUAAAUGUUAACUGUAUGCACAACAGUUCCAACAAUAUUCCACUUUGCCGUGGCCCGACACCGCUACCGAGUUACUCAAAAUUUGUCCUUGCCGGACGGCCGCCGACUACAUCCUGAACAUACCGAGUCAUCAAGUCGCUCCACGGUAUUUUGGGACAUCGGCGUCAUUCCGCGCCACCGUUGACACCGUUUCACACCCUGCCGAUUCUCCGGUGGAUAUCGGUCUUUUUUUUUUGGACGCCGGGUUGAAUGUCAAGAGCGAAGCCUGCGUGUUUUUCUGCCUGUGUGUGUUUUGAGAAAAAAUGAGCACGGCCGAAUGUAUCGAGCGGCCGCCUGACACAUUAAACAAUCUCUCACUAUUUCCCGAAUCUUCUUUUAACUGUCACACUGCCAACGCCACCGUAAAUGCCAAUGCAAUGGACAGGAAAAUGUCAAGUGAGCACUGUCGACAGAUGAUGGCAAUUCUGUGCAUUUGGAUGUCACACGGGUUGCCUUAAUGGGCGCAACCGUGGCCGCCUGCUGGUUCCUGUCCAGGGGAACAUUCCACCAGACCAGCUUCUGCUUGUUGUUAGAUUUAACUUUGUAACAUUUGACAUGUGCUCACUCGCCUUCCUGUCUCUGUGUCUCUCUCUCUCGCU